UGCUGGUAAAAGAACUCGACGGUCUUCAAAAAACUCGCGUGAAGUGGGAAAGGGGCAGUGACCCGGGCGGGAAGCCGGGCGGCCGUCUGCGUGAGAGUUUUCCACCCGCGUCCAAAAUGAGCGACGCAAGCCAUUCCCCCUUUUUACAAAUUAGUAAACCGAUGCUGCACCUUCACCGCCCCCAAAAGGAUAAAGUCAGAGAGAAGGGACCCAGGACUCGGGCUUCGAGUCCAAGAUUGUUUGCAUUGCACAUUUCAGAAGUUUGUAAAGUCACGAGUACGGGGUACCUGUGGCGGUGAGCAGCUUGGGGUCUCACUAGGGAGCAUCUUGGACGCCACUCUUAAGUCACCUGAAUGUUAUUCAGGUGGAUGGAAAUCUCCACGCACCAGGAGACUAGAGAAACCGCUUAAGGUCAUGGGGCUUUUAGGACUUAUUGAAGGAACGUGUGUUGAGCACCUAUUGUGUGCUGAGGAGACACUGGAGAAUGGGUGUCACCUUGUGGCCAAUCAUGGACACAAGCCGGUGACUGGACAGUGGUGACUUGGUGUGACUGAGGCGCAGUGACGGCUCGGGGCAAUGAGGGAGCUCAGGGGAGGCACUUGACCCAGCCUGGGGACAUCCAGAAGGGCUUCCUGGAGGAGAGGACGUUGUAGCAAAGAUCUGAAGAGCGAGUAGGAGUGAGAUGGACUGAGAGAGCAAGUUGGGCGUGACGUGGGGUACAGAGAGACUGCGCCUGGCCCAGCGAACAGCAAGUGCAAAGGCCGGAGGGAGAAGGAGAGGGAGAGGGCGGCUCAUUCCAGCAACUGAAAUCAGUCCAGCGAUGAUGGGGAAGUACGGUGGCCUCUUCCCGCCGGAGCCCUGUGGCCAACAGGCAGCCCCGCUGCCAACCUGUCUCCUCCCUCCACUCAUCCCCGGCCCCCUGGGGCAGCCGCCCGCUCAGAGCCGAUCGGGUGUCCGAGCUGAGCACACGGAACUGCUGGUACAAGCUGGUGGCCCAGCCGGGAGCGGGUAACCGGAGCCAGCAGUGAACACGGUGGCCUGGGGCUGGAGUCACUGGAGCUGCAGGAGGUGGCGUGGGUUGAGGACAAACACCGGACACUGGCCAUGAAGACUCUCCGGGCACGAUUUAAGAAGACAGAGCUGCGGCUCAGCCCCACUGACCUCGGCUCCUGCCCACCCUGCGGCCCCUGCCCCCUCCCGAAGCCUGCAGCCAGAGGCAGGCACCAGAGCCAGGACUGGGGCAAAAGUGACGAGCGGUUGCUGCAAGCCGUGGAGAACAAUGACGCUGCCCGGGUGGCCUCCCUCAUCGUCCGCAAGGGGUUGGUGCCCACCAAGCUGGACCCCGAGGGCAAGUCCGCAUUUCACCUGGCGGCCAUGAGGGGGGCCGCCAGCUGUCUGGAGGUGAUGCUGGCACAUGGAGCCAACGUCAUGAGCACAGACGGGGCAGGUUACAAUGCCCUCCAUCUGGCCGCCAAAUAUGGGCGCCCACAGUGCUUAAAGCAGCUGCUGCAGGCGUCCUGCGUGGUGGAUACUGUGGACAGCAGUGGCUGGACCGCCCUGCAUCAUGCAGCGGCUGGUGGCUGCAUCUCCUGCUCAGAAAUUCUCUGCGCCUUCAAGGCACACCUGAACCCCCAAGAUCGGCUGGGUACAACGCCCCUCAUCAUAGCGGCUCAGAUGUGUCACACAGAUCUGUGCCGCCUCCUCUUGCAGCAGGGGGCUGCCGUGGAUGAGCAGGACCUGCAGGGCAGGACCGCCCUGAUGUUGGCCUGUGAGGGGGCCAGCCCUGAAACAGUGGAGGUGCUGCUGCAGGCCGGGGCCCGGCCGGGCAUCACCGAUGCGCUGGGCCAGGAUGCUGCCCACUACGGCGCCCUGGCAGGGGACAAGCUCAUCCUGCACCUCCUGCAGGAGGCGGCCCAGCGCCCCUCGCCACCCAGCGAGGAUGACUCAGGCGAGGCGUCAUCCCAGAACUCCUUGUCCAGCCACGAAAAGCAGGGGGCUCCCAAGAAGCGGAGGGCGCCUCAGCCCCCCGCCAGCGUCCCUGUGUCGGACGAUCGCGAUGCCUACGAGGAGAUUGUGCGGCUGCGGCAGGAGAGGGGCCGCCUGCUCCAGAAGAUCCGGGGCCUGGAGCAGCACCAGGAGCGGAGGAAGCAGGAGCUGCCAGAGGUGGAGGCCAGCUCCCUUCACAGCCUGGAGAGACAGGUGCAAGAGCUGCAGCAGCUGCUGGCAGAGAAGCAGGAGGAGAAGGAGAGUCUGGGACGGGAGGUGGAAAGUUUGCAGAGCCGGCUGUCCCUGCUGGAGAACGAGCGGGAAAACACCAGCUAUGACGUGGCCACCCUUCAGGACGAAGAGGGUGAGCUGCCCGACUUCCCAGGGGCCGAGGCGCUGCUGUCCAAGCGGCUCAGCCCGUCGGCCCAGGACCUCUUGGCCUCACUGCGGGAACAAGUGGCCGCCCUCACCAGACAGAACCAGGAGCUGAUGGAGAAGGUCCAGGUCCUGGAGACCUUUGAGAAGGAUGAGGCGGAGGCGAAUGGUGUGGCCGAGCUCAUCCCUCUGGCCCUCUAUGACUCUCUCCGGGCUGAGCUAGAGCAGCUGCGCAGGCAGCACGCCGAGGCCGUGCGGGCGCUGGAACAGCAGGAAGCACCGGGGACCCCCAGAGAUGAGAAGGCCGUCCCUGGGGAGUGUGAAGACGCAGGAGCCGUGACCAGCAGCAACAGGCUGACGGGAGCGGAGCCCGACGGCACCGCGGAAACCAGAGUCAGCGGAGCGGAUGCUGCUGCUGAGGCCGCGGGGGAUGUGGCCUCGGAAGCAGCACCCACGGGCGCUGAGGGCGCAGAAACCAAACCUGAGGCCGCCAAACCAGCGCCCGAAGGCGCCGAAGCCCUGGGAACAAAGGCGGGAGGGGCCGAGGCCACCGAGACAACAGCUCUGGGAGGAGGGAACCUGGAAAUGGAGGCCACGGGCGCAGAGGCCACGGAAGCGGAGGCCACGGAGGCCACGGGCGCAGAGGCCACCAACACGAAAGCAGAAAUGAAGGCCAACGGAGUGGGUGCUGUGUGGGGAGAACUCGCGGGCACGGAGACCACGGGGGUGGAGGCCACCAUCCCGAGGGGCCCCGCUGGCCCCGUCCUACACCCUGGUGCUGCCGAGGUCUCGGAGAAGCUACAGACUGAGCUGGAGACCAGGAUCCGCGGCUUGGAGGAGGCGCUCCGGCAGCGGGAGCGGGAGGCGGCCACCGAGCUGGAGGCCGCCCGUGGCAAGUGCGAGGCCGCGGAGGCUGAGGCUGCGCGGGAUGCAGCUGAGGCCCAGGCCGCCGAGCUGGCCGCAGCCUGCGAGGAGGCCCGGAAGGGCCUGGCGGAGCUGCGCGAGGCCUCCGAGGCACUCCGCCAGUCGGCAGUGCCGGCCUCCGAGCAUCACCGGCUGCAGGAGGAGGCCCUUGAGUUGCGGGGCCGGGCGGCCAGCCUGGAGCAGGAGGUGGUGGCCACGGGCAAGGAGGCCGCCCGGCUGCGGGCAGAGCUGGAGCGAGAGCGUGUGGGCAGCGUGGCCCGCUUGGAGCAUGAGCGCGUCGUGGGCGCACUGCAGGCCGACGUGGCCCGGCUGCAGGGCCAGCUGGAGGAGCUGGGACGCCGGCACGAGAAGACCAGCGCCGAGGUCUUCCAGGUGCAGCGGGAGGCGCUGUUUAUGAAGAGUGAACGACACGCGGCCGAGGCCCAGCUGGCCACAGCAGAGCAGCGGCUGCGGGGGCUCCGUGCCGAGGCUGAGCAGGCUCGCCAGGCCCAGAGCCGCGCCCAGGAGGCCCUGGACAGGGCCAAGGAGAAGGACGAGAAGAUCACAGAGCUCUCCAAGGAGGUCGUCAGUCUUAAAGAGGCGCUGAAGGGCCGGCUGGCAGCCCCGGGCAGCCCCGAGGUGGCGGCCCUCCGUGGCCAGGUGGCGGCUCUCCAGGAGCAGCUGGAGGAGGCUGCCAGGGACCACAGUGCAGUGGUGGCCUUGUAUAGAAGCCACCUCCUGUACGCCAUUCAGGGCCAGAUGGACGAAGACGUGCAACAGAUUCUGAGCCAGAUCCUACAGAUGCAAAGGCUGCAGGCUCAGGGCCGCUGA